AUGUGGAACCAAGCCAAAGCCCCGACUCUACGAAACUGGUUCCUUGUCGGUAGCUACUUGCGGAAAUGCGCGUGGGCGACAGACACGGAGCUUCAAGUUAGUACUGAUGAGAUCAUUUGCGAGUCCUAUCAGGACAAGAAGGGCAACCAGCAGAAUGAAAACACAAUGGAACUAGUGGCUUGUUGA